AUGCAGCUGGAAGUUGGGGUGACAGCUGCUAGUGAGGGGAGAGACGGGACCAACCGCGCACGGCCGACAAAAGAAAACAACCCAGCGCCCAUCAUGGACGACGUCACAGCCACGGACAAGUCCAAGGCCAUACAAGCCCUUCUCGAGUCCCGACCUCCCGCGACCGACAAUUUCACAUACCUGACCAUCAUUGAGAAGUUUCUUUCACCCGAAAUCCUACCGACCCUAAACGAAAUACUCCAAGAUGCGUCCCUCACACAGGAAAUCGGCUGGGAUCUUAUCCAGAACCUGCUGCUGUACCCCGAAGGCGACAAGUGCCUCGAGACAAUCGCGCGCCUUGGCAACCCUCGAGAAGUGAUCAUCAAGCUGCUCGAGGUCCUAGAGGGCCACCCAGAGGACGAGGAUGACGCCUCCCAGAUCUCCGACAAGGACGCCAGCGACGCGGACCCCGAGACCAUCAGGCGGUUCAUCGUCACCCUGGGCAUGCUGGCCAUCCUGCACAGGCGGAUCAAGACAAAGUACCCUUCACGCUUCCUCGCCACCACGCUUGCGACGGUCCAGCGCGCCUACCGGCCCAACCAGCUGAUGACUGCGUCUGCGAUCAAUCUGGUCCAGUCCCUCUCGGGCCACCGUCGGCCGCCUCUGCCGUCGCGCAAGUCGAGCGUCAACGUCGCCAACCCGGACAAGGACGGAGACGUUUCCAAGAAUGCCCCGGACCCAGAAGCCGAGCAGCAUGAGGACCCGGCCGAGACUGAGAUACAAGAAAGGCUACUGCUUUCGUUUGUGUUGGGGAUCCUUGAAUCCUACGUCAACGCGACCUCCCCCGCUUGGGCGCAGCGGUUGAUCGAAGCAUACAACCCUGGGAAGACGGUGCCUGGGAAGAAGACUGCCCUGCAAGCUUACAAGGAUGAUUCUGAUUUGCUCGCAAGAGACGCCAUUAUUGGCCAGCUUGCUGCGUUAUCCCAAGACCUCGGCAUAUCCGGCUCUCCAUCCCAGAUUAUUUCAUCAGUAUGCGAAGACGGACCAAUCCGCAGGAGCACAAUACCUGACGCCGAUAGGCUCAGGGGACCGCAAGAUGUUCACCUGCCUACAGGUGGCGCCGUUUGUCUGAUGGGAUACUGGGUUUUCUCCUCUACCGUAUUCCAGGCGAACAUGCCCAAGCCCAAGAUUUAUAUCCUCCCAGAGCAUCUGAGCCUGAUGCAAAAGUACCUAGAAGAUGAUGCAAACGGCGAGAUACAAAGGAUGCCCGGCACCAUCGAGGCUAUCUUGGCCCUUGGUUUGUGGUUGGAGCAUGGCAAAUUUAUUGUCGCCCCCACAAUGUCGACAGAGACUCUGAGGGCGGCUUUCAUGCCGUACCAUCAUCUUCUCACGUUGUGUGCGGUGUACCACCCGGCCCUCGGUGUGCGCAAUGCAGCUUCGGCCUUGGCCGGCUUGAUACUGCACGCAUGCCCCGAAGAGGAUGGGCGGUUGCACAUCCUGGAGGAUCUCCUUGAGAAUUGCAUGUUCUCGACCCUGAAAGCCUGCGCCGUCACCUGGCUCAAGGAGGAACUCGAAACGGCACAGAAACCCCCAGCAGUCCACGUCACCCCCGCCUCCGGGUUGGGAAUUGAGGGUGUAGCAGUGAGCAGCAGUCAGGAAAAGAGCAGCAAUGCCAGCACUAGUAUCUUUGGCACCCCGGAGGCCAUCGAGCAGCUCCAAUAUCUCGUUUUCCCCGAUAUGCAAUUCGUUCGGGAGAUGGACAAGGACGCCUUUGUUGAAUACUGGUCGCAAAACUCGCCCUUUUUAAUGCAAGCCGCCAACUUUGCCUACCUUUUGUUCCGGUCCGAAAGAUACAGGAAACAGAUCCCCGAGGGCAUGCGCGGAGCCAUGGAGGAGAGGUUUAUCAUGCCGCUGAUCAGCGCCACCUCGAAAUCUACCGCGGGUCAAAGUGAUGAGAAGUCUGAGAUUGACAAUCACCUGGACCCAAGUUUCGCCAUGGAACUAGAUGUUCUGAAUGGCCGUCUCAAGGACCUGACUGUUGUUGGUUCAUGAGAGGCGGGUACUUUGCAGAUUUGAGCUUCUGCAUCUUUUACAUUUGAUGCAAAGCUGUUUUUCACGUCACAAAGGGGAUGGAAAGCAUGGACUUCUUCUCAUAUGGCAUCUACUGUUUCUUGCCGGCAGGCCUUCACGUACAUUCCCUUAUGUGCAAAGCAUUCACGAUGAAUAUUGACAGUCACACGUACCACAAACAAUGUAUCCCAGAUUUGUUAUUCUACCCGUACUAAUAUAAAACGAACCAGCGAC